AUGGCGAGGCGAAUACAGGAGUUGGACCUGGAGGCGCGCAUUGAAGCCUGCCGUUACGUUGACUACUACCUGCUGCCUGGCCGCUCCAAGAUGCAACUGACGAAGGAGCUGCUUGCAUCGCUAGUUUGUGAAGUUCCACCAGCCGAGGUUCUUGACUUGGGCCAGCUGGGUCUUUGCCGGUCGGAGAUGAUCAUGGAUCGGAUCCACUUGGUUGGACUCCGCAUCAAGAACUUGCGUCUGGAGAAUUCUCACGUGAAGAAGAUCGAGGUUCACAGGUGUGACCUGCUGGACUGCGACUUCUCCUUCACAGUUACGGCCGGUGAAGUGAAAGUGAGCAGCUCAAGAUUGGAGAACGUCCAGUUCGGCGUUUUCACGAUGAUGGCAUCCGUCGAGGAGUCGCAGCUGGUGCAAUGCAAUCUUCGGGUCGCUGAAGAGCUCUUUGUUGCAGAUUCUGAGCUGGACACCUGCACCUUCAAAGGCAGUGACGAAGAUAGGUUGGAUCUUGCGCAGGGCCCUUGCCCCAGCAUCUGUGCUCAGAAGCCAAUGCCUCCCGACCUCACGACGAAACGAAUUGAUCUUCCGAUUAUGCCACUGCCAGCAGUGUAUUUGCCAAGUCCAAGCCAGCAGCUGAUGAUCUCAGAGCCAAGGUAUCUACAGCUUUAUGAUGACAUUCUUCUGAACGGAAGUCGGAUCUUUGUGGUCACGCAUCAUCACGGGAACCUCCUCGCGAAAGUUGGGUUGAUCUUUCACCUCAAGGAAUUGAAGGAUGUUUCAGCCGACACACACGGACAUUUCAAGUACGUUGCGGAGCACGAAGUCCGCGGCCGAGUCCGCAUCAUUUCCGUGGCAAACCCCGAAGACUGGACGGAGCCGUCCAGAUACCUCAAAGCUCAGGUGCAGUUGAUGGACCAGGAGCUCGACCAAGAUGAUGCUUCGCCCCCAAGCGAACAGGAUGCCUCGAAUGCCUUGGGCCGCAUCCGCCAUAAGCUACAGGAUGCCUUGGCGCUGCAAGGUGAGCUCGAGCAGCAGAAGCCAGAGGAAUUGGGCAGGUUGGCCCGAAGUCUGCGCCUUGCCAGUGUGAUCAGGAAUCCUGGAUUCUGGGACAUGUGCAGCAUGCUGGCCUCUGUUCAAUCCUUCAGGCUCCAGCUGAAUGUCCGUCGCCUGCGAGAGAACGUCAAGCGCCUCACGGCGCAGUGGGCGGAGCAAAAUCCCGAGGAGUACGAGGCCUUGAAGGUACAACCAGAGGUGCUGCCUGCUCGCAUUCGCCGUGAGGGCAAGCAAGUGGGGGAGCUGCUGCGUGAGGGCACUGCUCAGCUGCAGGGUACUUUCCAGUGUAUCCUGCAAGCUCCGGAUGCCGAAGAGCGUGCAGAUUUGCUGGAAAACGCUGACAUCACCCUACCGUUUGACCGAGUCGUCUGCGAGCGUACAUACUUCCAUGGCCGACUCCUCCGCAUGACCAAAGGUGGCUCCACGAUUAGCCUCAGGCGUGCAAAGCUGCGAACGCUUCCAAGAAUAGAGUGUGAGGGCAAGAUCAUCCUGUGCUUAGAGGACUGCGACUUGCUGGAGUCACUGACCUUCCACGGGAUGAGGCUGCAGCUGCGCGGUGUCCACUGCGCGAAGCCCUGUGAGUUCCAGGAGGUCGAGUUUGCAACAAAAGUUUGCGACAUCGUCUUUCCAAGGAGCAGCCGGUUUGUGAAUGUCCGCUUCAAGGAUGGCCUACAGGCAUGCGUUGCGAGCGCCUGUCGCUUCGAGUAUUGCAACUUGGGCUACGGUCAAGAUGCAGUAGCAGACUGCUUGCUGACGCAGUGCCAUUUCCAGUCGUGCCACUUCCCUUUCUUGGAAGACUGUUCGCCGGUUGCAAACUUCGCCGGAAGCCAGUUCAUUGCCUGCCGCAUCCAGUGGAGCGGACCUUUCGCGCACGAGGAAAGUUUCGUGAUCAAUUCCCACUGGCUUCGCAAAUGGAAUUUGGCCAGUUGCACCGUUUCUGACGGUGCCGCGUAG